AUGUCGAGUGAGUCCAGAGGCAUGACGGCGAUUCGAGACAACCUCUGCGACUUGGGACGUAUGGAAAUCCCGAGGCCCAAGUGCACAGGCAUGCAGUUCGUUGCCACCCGCGGUCGCCAAGGCUUCUACCGAGUAUGUUUCAAAGUUGUUUUUUUGAAAUUGUCUCCAAGAUGCUCACUGGAAAUUCCAGGGCAGCAAAACACGUACACCAAAAAGCAUGAUUUUAAAAACAACCUCGGCGCUGAGGUGCAGUGCCUCUGAAAAUUUCGUACAGACCAUAAAAAAUCUCAACUGCAUUAUUAUUUCAACAUCUGGCAUUGAGGACACGGGACCAAAAUUAUAACGGUUUUGACAUCAAUAAAUUAAAAAGCACUCGUCGCGCGAGCUAAUUGAGCUGAAUGUCCAUCGGAAAUGGUCUCCCGCAAGAAAAAUUGAAAAAAGGUCGCAGAUUUAUAGAUUGGUUAUAAGAUGCCAAAAGGGUUCGGACCAGACAUUUUAUUCUCUUCGAGUUGAUUUAAAAGUUUAUAUUCAGAACAGUUUGCAUUUGUAACGAAAUUUCAUGUAUCGAAUGCAGAAACCGCAUGAAUUUUUGACUUCUUGAGCAAUCAACUUUCAGACGAUUCGCGAGAACGGCGCAAAAUACGGUUUGCAAAUCAAGCCCCAAGGACCUCGGCGGCCACAGCUCAGUUCGGAUUUGUUUCAUCGGUUGUGUCACGCGAACUUGCCUCAAAAACGCAUUCAUUUGAAGGCCAUUGACUGUGAUGGAAGAAAACCGCGAAGAAUUGGACGCCCCCGAGCAGACUUCUCAACCUUCCUACAAACAGGAUUCGCAUGUUAAUUACAACAAUAAUAACAUCGUGGUCAGUUGGAAAAAGAUUGGAAAUCAAGAUUAGAAAAAACUGCUUUCGAUGAUUCAACGAUAUUUUCUAAUUCCGGUUUUGUCUUGUUUUGAAUAUAGUCAAGAUUUUUGAAUCAAAAAAAAACUUCUGAAAAAAACUAUUUAUCUUGUUCAAGUCGCUCAAAGAAAAAUUCGAAUAGAUACUUGCGAUCUAAUGAUUAAAAUUUUUUUACAAAAGUCUUUUUGAUUUCAUUCGAACUUUCUCGCAAAUCGGGAUGAGAGAGCUCUUGAAACGGAAUUAUAUUUCGCACUUCGUAGACGUUCUGACCGUAGCGCUUUCCUGAGAGUUCAGUCGACAUUAGGUUGAGUGGCGAGCGCGGCGACUCCACGCUGGUCCAACUAUUUGAUGGUCAUUGAAGAAGAGUGCUUUCAGCCUUUUUUCGACAGGAUAAACCAUCCGUGUCCUAGAUUUCGCCUCUUGAACAUUGAAAAAAAAAAAGAAUUUUUCUUGGUUUGAGAACGAAGGUUAAUAACAAACAGUUUGCGAUCCAAAAAGUUCAUGAAUUUUUCUUAAAUUUUGGUCGGUACCUUCGAUCUUUUGUUUUUGAUUUUCAACAAUUCAAGUUUUUAUAGGUGCAAAAAAACGUCCAGGAAACGGAGCAAGCUUACAAGUAUCAACCAAAUCCUGGAGAUAUGCUGCAGAAACAACGAUACAACAAAUCUUCAUGA